AUGCUCGACACGGCGCGCCGUGACGCGCCCGGAGCGUGCCGCAGCGCCGUCGACCUCAAGGACAAGGCGGCCAACUUGGGGCUGCUGCAGCGGGCCGACGUAGAGCGCGAGAACGGGGCCGACGCGGCCAAUGCCCCCCCGCAGCUCCACGUGGAGGGCUUCUUGACGAGCACGGGCACGCCCUGGCCGCGAAGCAACGACGGACGCGUCGUCGUGCGCGCGCUGCUCCGCGCCGGCGUCGCCCCGCUCCCGGGCGGCGACGCUAGAGUCGCGCGCUACGUCAAGGAGCUGCAGGAGAAGGGAUACGGAAGGGCCGCGCGCGGAGGCUAG